AUGGGGUCUUGCACCCCGUCCUUUGCAGCAUCAAUAGCCAUGAAUAGACAUGCAAACGAUAAACAUGAGAAUACUAAAGCAAAUCCUUCACCAUCUGAAUCAAAUGGUCAACGACAACAACAAACGGUUAUUAAUAUACCAGAAAAUGGCCUUGAAAAUAUAGAUAUUGAAGAACUCUACAAUAAAGAAAAAUAUGAUUUGAAGGAAAUGGAUUUGAAACAAAUAUACAAAUUAUUCGAGGCUUCAACUAAUGGUCUCAAUGAUGAUCAAGUGGAAAAACGUCUUGCCAAAUUUGGUCCAAAUAAACUGGAAGACAAACAGCGUAAUCCAAUAAUACAAUUUUUAUUAUUCAUGUGGAACCCACUUUCAUGGGUGAUGGAGGUUGCCGCUAUCAUUGCCAUAGCACUUGCUAAUGGUGGUGGCAUACCACCUGAUUGGUAUGAUUUUGUCGGGAUUAUAUUACUACUAAUAGUCAAUGCUGUAAUUGGCUUUAUUGAACAACGUCGUGCGGGUAAUGCCGUUAAAGCUCUCAUGGAAUCAUUGGCACCAGAAGCUAAAGUAAAACGUGGGGGAAAAUGGUCAACAAUUGAGGCGUCCGAAUUGGUACCAGGGGAUGUAAUUGCAGUAAAAUUAGGAAAUAUUAUACCGGCUGAUUGUCGAAUUAUUUCAACAAAAGGUACAGUAUCGAUUGAUGAAGCUGCAUUGACCGGUGAAUCAUUACCAGCGACGAAACAAACUGGUGAUGAAAUUUAUUCUGGUUCGACUUGUAAGCAAGGAGAAUUAGAAGGUGUUGUUACUGGUACUGGAGUAAAUACAUUUUUUGGCCGUGCUGUUAAACUGGUGAAAAGUACUAGUAAUGAAAUGGGACAUCUACAACAAAUAUUGGCUAAAAUUGGCAAUUUUUGUAUAUGCAGUAUUGCACUAUUUAUUAUAUUGGAAAUAUUUGUUAUGUAUGCAGCCUAUCGGUUUGCAUACCGUCGUGGAAUUGAUAAUAUACUUGUAUUACUUAUAGGAGGAAUUCCAAUUGCUAUGCCAACAGUUCUCUCUGUAACACUUGCCAUAGGUGCUAAACAAUUAUCCAAGCGAAAAGCUAUUGUUACACGAAUAACGGCCAUUGAAGAAUUAGCUGCUGUCACUAUUUUAUGUUCAGAUAAAACUGGUACAUUGACAUUGAACAAAUUGGUUAUUGAUACUGAUAUUAUAAUUCAAUAUUCCGAUAUUAGUAAAGAAGAUAUUAUUGUCUAUGCUUCUUAUGCAUGUGCGGCAGAUCAUCCAGAUGCGAUUGAUUUGUGCAUCAUGAAUUCACUAGGUGAUAAAGAUUCUCACGGUGAUAUUGAAGUAUUAUCGUUUUCACCAUUUAAUCCUGUUGAUAAACGAACAGAAGUUACCUAUAAACUAAAAUCAGAUAAUACAGUUCAUCGUGUAGCUAAAGGAAUGUCGGAUACAAUAUUAGAUUUGUGUACUAAAGAUAAAUCUGAUGCACAAACAAAGAAGUUUCAAUCGGAUGUUAAUGAAUAUGCAAAACGUGGUCUUCGCUCAUUAGCUGUUGCCAUUGAGACUGCAAAAAAUGGUGCAGUAGAUGGAGAAGGCGAAGGAUACAAAUUAAUUGGAUUAUUACCAUUGUAUGAUCCGCCGAGAGAAGACACGAAAGAAACCAUCAAACGUGCGCUUGAACUAGGAGUGAAAGUAAAAAUGAUAACAGGUGAUCAAUUGGCUAUAGCAAUUGAAACUGGCCGCCGUCUAGGAAUGGGAGAUAAGAUGUAUGUCUAUAGUAAAUUAAAGGAUACUUUAAAGGAAGAAUCCAAGUACAAAGAUAUUGAUGAAUUGAUACUGGAUGCAGAUGGUUUCGCUGGUGUUUAUCCUGAACAUAAAUAUGAAGUUGUAGAAAGGUUACAAAAUAUGGAUUUGAUGGUAGCAAUGACAGGUGAUGGUGUUAAUGAUGCACCCGCUUUAUCCAAAGCAAACGUCGGCAUAGCUGUAGCGGAUGCAUCCGAUGCUGCUCGUUCAGCAUCGGCUAUUGUACUCACUGAGCCUGGUCUGUCUGUUAUCAUUGAUGCUUUAAUCGGUUCUCGUGAAAUAUUUCAACGCAUGAAAAAUUAUGCUGUUUAUACGUGUUCAGUUACAAUACGUAUUGUUGUCGGUUUUGCUAUACUUGUCUUUGCAUUCAAAUAUAAUUUUCCGCCGUUUAUGGUUUUAAUAAUGGCAAUAUUGAACGAUGGGACAAUAAUGACAAUAUCUAAAGAUCGUGUUCGUCCAACGAAAUAUCCAAAUACAUGGAAUCUGAAAGAAAUAUUUUGUUAUUCGAUUAUUUACGGUCUCUAUUUAGCUCUAUCAACCAUCAUCUUUUUCACGAUUAUUGUUAAAACAACAUUUUUCCAGGAAAAAUUUUAUCUUCAAACAUUUAUUAUCAUUGACAAUUCAGGUGGAUACAAUGGUUCGAUAUUAAAUUCUAUUAUUUAUCUCCAAGUAUCAAUCAUUAGUCAAGCUCUGAUUUUCAUAACACGUUCGACCGGACUCUUUUUCUCAGAACGUCCAUCUCUUCUACUGAUUUGUGCAUUUAUAUUUACACAGAUGGUAGCCACGUUAAUAGCAGUUUAUGCAAACUGGACUUUCACCAACAUUGAGGGUUGUGGAUGGUCUUGGGCUGGCAUAGUCUGGAUAUGGAAUAUGAUCUGGUUCAUUCCUCUUGAUUUAUUAAAAUUUUUCCUACAAGCAUCGUUUGCACGUAGUUUUCAUGCUGUCAAACCGAUUCAGCGUCGUGAUCGAGCAGGAAAUACCAAAGCUGAUGCAUCAUUGGAUGAAUUUGAAGAUGUUCCUAAACAAUCCGUGAUGUCAGAUAAUUUAAUAAACACAACCAAAUACAGUUUACAAGCACUAGAAUCCUUAGCAUCAACGGCAUCCGGCUUUUACGCACCUUAUACAGAUUUUAUCUCAAGAGAAAGCAUUCAUCAUCAUAUCAAUUAUCACCAUUCACUGUCACAUAAUAGUGCAAUAUCAUCAUAA